AUGCCACCCGCGACAUCGGCAGUCAAGGUAACCCUGCGGGAGCUGGCCGACCUGGCCAUCGGCACCCCGGAGGUGGGUGCAGUCAACUUCACGGCCCUGCACACACUCGUGGUGGCCAUGCUCAAACACCUCAACCUGCAGAACACCUAUGUCGACUUCCAGUCGGUGGCGACCGAACCCAGCCGCUUCCUGGAGCCUGCCCGGUCCUCCCACAGCGCCCCCCAACUGCCUGCUGAGGUUUUGGCGCCCAAAGAGAAGCGUCGCAGUGUGGGCCACUUGCAGGUGCCGGCCCUGGAGAGCCAGGUGAGGGACCUGGGCGGGCAGGUGCAGGACCUCAGCGUGCAGCUCCAGACCAUGGACAACAAGGUGCAGGACAUCGCCUCCCACGUGAAGCGCCUCUCCUCCCAGACCAGUGGCCUCAACCUGCCGGUGCUGCAGUGGCCGGAGGAGAGGAGUGCUCUCACACUGGUCCCUGAGAAGACCCAGAAGCAGCCCUCGAAGGCACUGAAGGGCAGCGAGGUCAUCCCUGCCAAGGAAAUCCUGCAGCGAAUUGAAGAGAUGGAGACCCUAAUGAGAGAUCGGAAUGAGUUUCUGGAGCUGGUGGGCCAGAAGCUGAGCAUCCUUCCGGGCGGGGAGGAGGUCACCAUGGUCACCUGGGAGGAGCUGGAGCAGGCCAUCACUGACGGCUGGCGGACCACUCAAGGGGGCUCAGAAACGCUGAUGGAACUUGCCAAGCGCAGAAGGCUGUCGUCCAUAACGACCAGUGACGUGAUUCCAAGCGGAGCCUCCCCCAGGCAGCUGAGCACUGAGCAGGCCUUGGAUCCCGCCAGGGGGUUCGGCCCAGCUAAGACCGGCUCAGUCUCCAGUGGCACGGGACACCCCUCUGAAGGAGUCACUAGCAGGGAGCAAGUCUGGGGCCUCCCUGCUACCAGUGUCCUGGGUAGAGAACAGCACCCAAGGACCAGUGAGGAUGCCAGCACACCAAGGUCCCAGCAAUCUCCCGGAGCUCAGAUCCCAGUGGAGGCUGGUCAUCGCAGGGGCAUGGAGCAGCUUUCCCAGACACAUUCAAGGAGAGCUGAGCGAGGUUCCCAGCUGGGCCCCCUACCUCAGGACCUGCCCCCCGUACAUCACCCUCAGUAUAGUGCCGCGCCCUAUAGCCACGGUCAAGUCUACCUAAGGCCAGAUCAGUAUGGACCAGCGACACCUGGCAUGGACCAACCUGGACUGGCACAGACCAGAGUUCGUCCACGUGCUAUGGUGCCCUACCUGGGUCAGCUGCCUCCUGACUUGGAUGACCUGGCAAGGAUAGCAUCUGCCAUGGAUCAGCGUGGUGUGAUACCACCCUCAGUAGCUGACAGGGACCAACAAGCACUGGAAUUGCCUAGCACGGAGCAACAUGACAUGUAUGAACCUGUGUUGGCACUUCCCGGCACAGACCAGUGGCGUAUGGUACAGCCUGGCAUGGAUGAGAAUGGCAUUGCACCGCUUGGCACUGAUCAGCAAGGCCUGGUAUGGGCUGGCCCGCAGCAACAUGGCUUUGUCUCACCUCUUCCCUAUCAGUAUGGCUUAGUGUCACCUGGCUUAAUGCAACCCAGCGCAGAUCAGCAAACUCUUGUACGGCCCAAUCUGGAAAUAUCUGGGGUCAUACAACCUGGAGUGGAUCGGCGUGGCUUGGCGCAGCCUGGAGUGGAUCGGCGUGGCUUGGGGCAGCCUGGAUCUGCAGUGGGCCAGCCUGGUAUGGCACAGCCUGGAGUGGAUCAGCGUGGCUUGGCACAGCCUGGAGUGGAUCAGCGUGGCUUGGCACAGCCUGGAGUGGAUCAGCGUGGCUUGGCACAGCCUGGAGUGGAUCAACGUGGCUUUGCACAGCCUGGAGUGGAUCAGCGUGGCUUGGCACAGCCUGGAGUGGAUCAACAUGAUUUGGCAAAGGCUGGAGUGGAUCAGCCUGGUUUGGUGCAGCCUGGAGUGGAUCAGCCUGGUUUGGCGCAGCCUGGUUUGGUGCAGCCUGGAGUGGAUCAGCCUGGUUUGGCGCAGCCUGGUUUGGUGCAGCCUGGAGUGGAUCAGCCCGGUUUGGCGCAGCUUGGUUUGGCACAGCCUGGAGUAGAUCAGCCUGGUUUGGUGCAGCCUGGAGUGGAUCAGCCUGACUUGGCACAAUCUACAGUGGGUCAGCCUGGUUUGGUGCAGCCUGGGAUGUAUCCACAUGGUUUGGUGCAGCCUGGAAUGUAUCCACGUAGUUUGGCGCAGCCUGGGAUGUAUCCACAUGGUUUGGCACAGCCUGGAAUGUAUCCACAUGGUUUAGUGCAGCCUGGAAUCUAUCCACAUGGUCUGGUACAGCCUGGAGAUCAGCGUGAUUUGACACAGCCUGGAGUGAAUCAGCGUGGCAUGGUGCAGCCUGGAGUGGAUUGGCCUGAUUUGGCACAGUCUGCAGUGGGCCAGCCUGGUGUGGCGCAGCCUGGAGAAGAUCAGCGUAGACUGUUGCAGCCUGGAGUGGAUCAUCGUGGUUUGGCGCAACCUGGUGCAGAUGCAAGCAAUUUGUUGCAAGCUGGUGCAGCCCAGGAUGGUUUAAUUCACCCUGGUGCAGAUGAAAGUGGUUUGGUGCAAAGUGGCACAGGUGAGAAAAGUUUGGUGCAAGCUGGUACAGAUGCAAGCAGUUUAGUGCAGCCUGGUGCAGAUGAACAAGGCUUGGUUCAACCUGGUGCAGAUGAAAGUGGUUUGGUGCAAAGUGGCACAGGUGAGGAAAGUUUGGUGCAAGCUGGUACAGAUGCAAGCGGUUUAGUGCAGCCUGGUGCAGAUGAACAAGGCUUGGUUCCACCUGGUGCCUAUCCCCCUGGUUUGGCACAACCUGGCUCAGAUCAGCAUGUUUUGAUGCAACAUGGUACAUACCCACAUGGUUUAGCACAGUCUAGUUGGAGACUGCCAGGUGCCGAUCGGCAAGGCCUGAGAGCACCUCACGCAGAGAGUCAGGGCUUGCCCGAAUUGCAGAGCAACUUUCAGAUUGUGCCACCACAUCAUCAUCAGUAUCGUAUGCCGCCCCGUGGCAGAGAGCUGCAUGGCCACACGCCAUCACUUGUAGGCAGUCAAGGUUUAGCAUCACCAAGUAUGUAUCAAAGGGUGUCACCAGGAACUUAUGGGCAAGGUUUGGUGCAUCCCAGCACAGACCAGCAUGGCCUGACCCCAGGAAGCACAGGCUUGGGGUUUGCACACCCAGAGCAAGAACGUCUGGCACCCUCAGGCCCAGACGAGCAGUACCAGCCAGCAGCAGGUGGUACCGCUCCACCUGCUGCCACAUACACACCCCCAGACCACGAGGGUCCCAGGCAUUCUGCUCACCGUGACCCAGGCCACUCGGGUGUGGAUCAGCGCAGGCGUGACCCGAGCAGAAUCCACGUCACGGGCCAAUCAAGAGUCAUGCUCCAUGCGGCACCCCCAGGGCAGGACUCCCACAGCUAUCUCCACACGACCUCAUCGGAAAGGAGUGACAUCCACAGAGAGCGGCACGACUCCCUGGACAGGGUCGAGCCCAGCUUCCCCAUGGCGGUGGAAACAUUUCGGCUGGUAGGUGAGCUCAUCGGCCUCUACGUGGAGUUCAAGGAGAGCAUGAAGGACCUGGACAAGGAGCAGACUGGCAAGUCAGACCUGGAGAAGAUACAGUACCUGCUGUCCCUGAUGGUCAAAAAGACCAUGCCCCCAGACCUGCAGGAUCAACUCAAGAACCUGAAGAUUUUGGCCAAAGAGUUCCGGCAGGAAAAAGCAAAACUGGAGAAGCUGCAGAAGAUGGUAGAGGGCGACGGGGAGCUGGAGGCGGGGAAGGAGCUGAAAGGUGGGCAGCUGGGCCUGCAGCUGGGCAUCCUCAGAGUCACCGUGGCUGACAUUGAGAAGGAGCUGGCUGAGCUGCGGGAGAGCCAAGUGCAGGGCAAGGCCACCAUGGAGAAUUCUGUCUCUGAAGCAUCUUUCUACCUGCAGGAACAGCUGGACAAGCUCCGUGCCAUCAUUGAGAGCAUGCUGACCUCCUCCUCCACCCUGCUGUCCAUGAGCAUGCCCUCCAUCAAGGCUCCGGUCGCCAUGGUGCCCGGCCAGAUCAACCCGGAGGCCACCUGUCCGGCCUGCAGCCUGGACUUGAGCCACCAGGUCAGCCUGCUGGUGCAGCGCUAUGAGCAGCUGCAGGACAUGGUCAACAACCUGGCCGCCUCCAGGCCCUCCAAGAAAGCCAAACUCCAAAGCCAGGAUGAAGAGCUGCUGGGCCAUGUGCAGAGUGCCAUCCUGCAGGUGCAAGGGGACUGUGAGAAGCUCAACGUCACCACCAGCCACCUCAUCGAAGACCACCGGCAAAAGCAGAAGGACAUCGAUGUGUUGUACCAGGGUCUGGAGAAGCUGGAGAAGGAAAAGGCCAACCGGGAGCACCUGGAGAUGGAGAUCGACGUGAAAGCCGACAAGAGCGCCCUGGCGGCCAAAGUGAGUCGUGUCCAGUUCGAUGCCACCACAGAGCAGCUGAACCACAUGAUGCAGGAGCUGGUGGCCAAGAUGAGCGGGCAGGAGCAGGACUGGCAGAAGAUGCUGGACCGGCUCCUGAUGGAGAUGGACAGCAAGCUGGACCGCCUGGAGCUGGAUCCACUGAAGCAGCUGCUGGAGGACCGCUGGAAAUCCCUGCGACAGCAGCUCAAGGAGCGUUCCCCGCUCUACCAGGCGGACGAUGCAGCCGCCAUGCGGAGGCAACUCUUGGCACACUUCCACUGCCUCUCGUGCGACCGUCCCCUGGAGACGCCUGUGACUGGACAGUUGAUCCCUGUGACACCUGUGGGUCCCAGCCUGCCAGGCCACCGUUCCAUCCGCCCCUACACAGUGUUUGAGCUGGAGCAGGUUCGGCAGCAGGGCCGCAACCUCAAGCUGGGCAGUGCCUUCGCACGUGGGGACCUGUCACAGAUGGAACGCAGCGUGCGGCGCCUGCGCACCAUGCACUCCAAGAUGCUAUUGGACAUUGAGAAGGUGCAGAUCCACUUUGCUGGCUCCACCAAGGCCAGCAGCCAGAUGAUCCGCGAGCUGCUGCAGGCCCAGUGCCUCAGCUCCCCAUGCUACAAGCGGAUGCCGGACAUAGCUGAUUAUACCUAUUCCACGGUGCCCCGGCGCUGUGGGGGCAGCCACACACUCACCUACCCCUACCGCCGCACCCGCCUGCAACACCUGUCGCAGGGUCUGUAUCCUGUGGAGGAGGUCCAGAUCACCAUGAAGCAUGACGAGGUGGACAUCUUGGGCUUGGAUGGACACAUAUACAAGGGACGGAUGGACACGAGGCUGCCAGGCAUCCUGACCAAGGACGGGCUGUCAUCCCGACACAAGCCUAAGCUCUCCCGGCCCCACGUGCACCAGCAGCAGUCUCCAAGCGACAGCAGCCAGCCGCCGUCCCGGCCUCAGAGUGCACACACGCUGGUGGACACUAAUCCAGUUUCUUUGCGACAACAGAAAGACAGACCCGUCUCCUCCGAGGGCCGCCUCUCUGAGCCCAAUGAGCUCCUGCCUCUCAGCUCAGCGGACAUGGCGACCCUGCAGGCGCUGGACAGGCACCUAGAUGUGCCCCCAGGAGAGGGCCUCGAGGAGCCCACGCGUGGGCCACGCUCCACCCCUGCCCACAGAGCAGAGCUAUAA